CCGCGCCAGGGCGCACUUUUGGCACCAUGACCCAGAAGCCCGCCUUCAACAAGCCCAAAGUGGAACUCCAUGUCCACCUAGAUGGAGCCAUCAAGCCUGAAACCAUCUUAUACUAUGGCAGGAAGAGAGGGGUCCCCCUCCCAGCCAACACAGUGGAGGAGCUGCAGAGUAUUAUUGGCAUGGACAAGCCGCACACCCUCCCGGAGUUCCUGACCAAGUUUGACUACUACAUGCCUGCUAUUGCGGGCUGCCGGGAGGCCAUCAAAAGGAUUGCCUAUGAGUUUGUCGAGAUGAAGGCCAAGGAGGGUGUGGUGUACGUGGAGGUACGCUACAGCCCACACCUGCUGGCCAACUCCAAAGUGAAGCCCAUCCCCUGGAACCAGGCUGAAGGGGAUGUAACCCCAGAUGAGGUGGUGGCCCUAGUGGGCCAGGGCCUGCAGGAAGGUGAACGAGACUUCGGGGUCAAGAUCCGGUCCAUCCUGUGCUGCAUGCGCCACGAGCCCAACUGGUCCCCCGAGGUGGUGGAGUUAUGUAAGAAGUACCGGCAGCAGGCUGUGGUGGCCAUUGAUCUGGCUGGAGAUGAGACCAUCAAAGGAAGCAGCCUCUUCGAGGGCCACUUGAAGGCCUAUGAGGAGGCUGUGAAGAGUGGUGUUCACCGGACUGUCCAUGCUGGGGAGGUGGGCUCUGCUGAAGUGGUGAAGGAGGCUGUGGACAGGCUCAAGACAGAGAGGCUGGGACACGGCUACCAUACCCUGGAGGACGAGACCCUCUACAACAGGCUGCUGAAGGAAAACAUGCAUUUUGAGGUUUGUCCCUGGUCCAGCUACCUUACAGGCGCCUGGAACCCGGAUACCCCGCAUGCAGUUAUUCGGUUUAAAAAUGACAAGGCUAACUACUCGCUCAACACAGAUGACCCUCUCAUCUUCAAGUCCAGCCUGGACACUGAUUACCAGAUGACCAAACAGGACAUGGGCUUUACUGAAGAGGAGUUUAAGAGACUGAAUAUCAAUGCAGCCAAGUCCAGCUUCCUCCCAGAGGAUGAGAAGAAGGCGCUUGUGGACCUGCUGUAUAAGGCCUAUGGGAUGACAGCUCCAGUCUCUGCAGGAAAACUGUGA